AUGUACGCGGACGCCCAAAGCUACCCGACCAUCCCCGAAGCCGUGACGCCGCUGGCGGCCUGCGCGGCCUGGGCCGAGGCCUUUGUGGCGGCGCCGGACGACGCGGCCGUCGACGAGGAGGCGCUGCGCGCGCCGGAGCGCUUCGCCGCGGCCGUCGCGGCGGCGCACCGCGGCGCGGACGAGGGCGUCGAGGCGGCGGUCGCGCGCCAGCCCGCGCUCCGGCUCAUGGCGCGGCCCGUCGAGCUCAAGUCCGCGGCGGCCGACGACGAGCGCUGGCUCCUGCCGCAGCUCUCCGGGCUCGUCGCGGCGCUGCGCGGCGGCGCGGGAUGCGUCCUCGUCGCGACGGCGACGGACGCGCUCUGCGUCGGCCUCGCGCGGCGGCCGGUCGCGGACGAGGACGCCGAGGACGACGGCGCCGAGGCGCCGCUCCGCAGCGUCUGCUUCGACCCGCGGCCGCGGCCGGCGCUCGCGCAGCGGACGCCCGCGGCGCUGCAUUUUACGUCCUCGAAAGCGCUGCAGCUGCACGUGCUCGCGCUCCUCACGGCGGAGACGGACGACCGCCGCGCGACGCUCGGCGUCGUCGUCUCGGGCGCGCGGCGCGACGCGUCGCGGCUCGCGCUGCUCGAGCGCGACGCGGCGGCCAUCCGCCGCGCCGAGAAGAAGCGCGCCAUCGAGCGCCAGCGCGCCGAGAUCGAGCAGCUCCGCCGCGCGCUCCGGCCCGCGGCGCAGGCCGCCGCGACGCGGUCCGGCGACGGCGAGCAGUUCGUGGCCUUCGGCGAGCGGCUCUACGCCGAGCUGCGGGGCGCGGCCCUCGACGCCGGCGCCGCGUCGCCGCUCGAGGCCGCGACGCGCGCGUACGAGGCCGCGGCCGCGCGGCCGCUGACGGGCGCGGCCGCGCGGCUCCUGGCGUCGGCCGACGGCGACGACUUCCUGCGCGCCGGCGCGGCGCUCUACGCGGCCGCGCGCGCGGCCGCGGCGCCGUCGGCGUCGUCGUCCUUCGCCGCGUCCUCCGUGGCGUCCUUCGCGACGACGGCGGCCUCGGUCGCCGACGCGCCGCCGGAGCCGCCCUUCGCGACGUCGGCCUCGUUCGCCCCCCCGGAGCCGCCGCGACCCGUUCCCGCCGCGGCGGCGCCGCCCGCGGACGACGCCGCGGACCGGCGGUCGACGGCGGCGACGGACGGCGGCUCCGAGGCCCCGGGCGACGACGACGCGCCGCCGCCGCUGCGCCUCGACGCGGACGAGGGCGACGACCGCCUCGACGUGCCGACGCCGUUCCGCGGCGGCGCGACGCCCCUGUCCGAGGCCGCGGACGCGACGGGCGGCGACGACGACGACGUGCUGCUCCAGUCGGCGGCGCCGCCGCGCGCGGCCGCGGCGUCGCCCGAGGGCCUCGUCGUCGACGUCGGCGCCGCGGACCGGCGGCCCCUCGUCGCGUCGUACGGCAGCGAUUCCGAGGACGGCGCCGCGGCGGAGCCGCCGCCGCGCGUCCCGCCGGCGGGCUGGGCCGCCGAGUACGACAUGGGCGCGGCCGCGCGGCCGCCGCCGGCCCGGCCGGCGCCGCCCGCCGCGCGGCGCCGGAGCGGCGGCGACGUCGUCGAGGUCGACCUCUUCGACGACGCGGCGCCCGACGCGGCCGCGCGGAAGCAGCGCAUGGAGCGGUUCCAGCAGAUGCGCGAGAAGCGCGCGCGCGCGAUGGACGAGUCGCGGCCCGCGUCUUGCCAUCGCGCGUUUUUUUUACCGGUGUUCACCGGCGCGACGCCGCCCGCGCGGCCAUCACCCGGUGCCUGGUUCUUGACUGGUCGAAAACACAGGCGGCGGCGGCUCGAGAAGGAGCACCACGCGGCGCUCCGGGCCGGCGGCUUCGCGCACAACGCCGACGCCUCGAAGCCAACGCCGUCGAAACGGGCGGGCCCGCCGCCCGUCGGGCGCGGCCGGCUCUGCAACGCGAAGACGCUGGCGAACGCGCUGCAGCAGAUCUGCCUCGCGGGGCCGCACUGCGCGGACCGCCUCGCGGCGGCGCUCGCGAGCCUCAAGGCGUCGCCGGCGGACCACCACGUCGUCGUGCUCAAGGACGACGGCGUGCGCACGUUCCGCGGCGUCUACGCCGUGGGCCGCGGCGGCGCCUGCGAGAAGAUCCACGGCCGCGGGCCGGCGCGCUUCGCCGAGGCGGACGUCGCGACGUUCCUCAAGUUCAACUCGGCCCGCCGCGCGUUCGUCAAGCUGCCGUCGAGGUCCUUCUCGCUCACGACCGACGCGGUCAUGCUCUCGGCCUCCGUGCUGCCCAAGAACAAGCCGGUGCUCUACUAG